CUGACAUCUUAUAUAUCUCGAAAUUGAUCCGCUAAUCGCCCGUGUUCCGCACAGAGAACAUGCACAGGUCACGGUUCCAGGUACAUCCCGUCGUGGUGUCGGCCAAGCGCUAUGAGGCUAUCCAGUCGCGGGCCCAGCAGAAGCAGAAGCACGCCCAGCUGGCGGAUGUCGAGGAGGAACGGCGGUACCGACAGUACCUCAAGGAGGGCAACGAUCUGCUGUGCAGCUACUUUAAGGGAAUGGUCACCCACAAGGCGGAGGAGAAGUCCAACGUGGCUGUGACGCCAGUCGUCGCGGCCGAGCCGCAGGAGAGCAAGCAAAUCGAAGAACGUUUGCGCAAGGAGCGGAUCCUGCGGGCCAACAAUAUUCUCGACCAAUUGAAGCCGGGACAUCGGGCUCUGCAUCAGGCACUGCUCGAGAGCGAGAUGCUCCAUCAGCGGGGCUUCAAUGAGGCGCUUAACAGGGAAAUCGCCGAGGACGCCCGUCGCCAGCAGGAGCAGGAUGAGAUCAUGUGUCCGGAGGUGCUCAUACCCUUUACUAACAUCACCGAGGAGGAGCUUGCGGCCAAGGAGGAGGAGAAGCGACAAGCCGUUCGUCUCGCCAUCAUGCAGGACGUGGAAGCGAAGCGAAAACUCAUGGCGGCCGAAAAGGAGCAGCGUCUCUUUGACGAGGUGGUGGAGCGGGCCCAGUACAAGUGCCUGCAGGACAAGGAGGAGAAGGCCUUCAAGGAGAGGAAGGCACGCAGCAUUGAGUUCAAUCGCAAGGCCUACCGCGAUUCCCUGAGGGAGAAGGCUGAGAUAGAAGAGCAUGAGCGCAUUUGCGACGUAAUCGAUGACCGACGGAACUGCGUCUACCAGGUAGCCACUCGGCAACUGGAUGGCCGCUACAACGCCCACAUAAAAGAGACCCGUGCGAAAAAGCAGCGCGAACGCGAGGAGCGUGCGGUGCGCGUCUGCCGACUGCAGCAGGCCGGCAAGAAGAAGCUGGAGGAGCGCCAGGCCACCCUGGAGGAUCGCUACGAAUUCGAGACGCAGGUGGACGAGGCGCGUCGCCAGUGCGAGCUGGAGGAGCUGGCCAAGCAGCGCAAGGCCUACCAGCUGGUGGAGAAGCAGGAGGCUGAAGAGAAGCUCAAGCGAGAGCGGGAGCUGCAACGUUUCGAGGUGGCCCGCCGGCUGAAGAACGCUGAGGCCAACCGCCACUUUGAGAUAUCCGAGAAACGGAACCGCGACAAAGUGACGGCCGAGGUGCGCGACACCCUCCACCGCCAGAGGGAGGAGUUCUUGGAGCAGCGCCAGCAGGAGCUGAUGCGCAUUUCUGCCUGCGACGACGAUCCCUACCUCCUGGAGGACAAGAAGUUUUACGCGCAGGCCGUCGAGGUCAUGGAGCAGUCCCGCAAGCUUGGCCGCCCCCUCUACCCCAUUGCCACCGCAGUCGAGCGCUAUGCGCGGUCAAACAAUUUAGAUGUGCAACCGGACAGAGGUAUCGUGAAGCGCAGCAAGCUGCGGGACUACUGCUGGCCGGGGUAUCACGCCCAGGCGGAUCUCGCCUAUCGCAAGUACGACCAGGCGGAGAUGUGCCGCGAGAACCAGCGGGAUGCUCGCAACCAGAUCUACUGCAACGCCGUCAAGAUCAAGAAGAUGGCCUCUGUGGAGAAGCCCUACAAGCCGUGUGUGCCCUCCUGUCCCAUCAACUGUUUCCAUCGUCGCGGCAUGCCCGCCGUGGAUAGCACGGAUUCCUUUGACUACGGCCCCCAUGUCUGCUACGAGGAGUCGCCACCGCUGGGCGCCUGUCCCAGUCGCAUGCAGGGCAUUCGUCGCUACUCGAAGGACCCCAGCCUGCCGAACCUUGUCGCACCUCCACCCAUGCCAGAACUCCGGCUGGAUGCCACAGCUGUUCCUUCUGUGGCCAAGAUGACCAACGCUCCUCCCAGUGCACCCACAGUCGAGUCGGCUGUUGUUGCAAAGCCAUCGCGUCCAGAGCCCCCUGGAGGCGCUGCUCCGGCUGCUCCCCCCAAAGUCCCAGGAGCAGGAAACCGGAGGGAAUCUUUGCCGCAAUCUCGUCCACCAGUGUCUGUAAAAACUCGUCGUGGAUCCGCUCAAGGUCCGAGCCACCGUGGAUCCAUUCUGGGUACAGAAGCACGUGGAGCCACUCUUGGAAUGCCAAAGACCGGGGCUCAGGCUCUCACUGGACAAAAUCGUCCAGCAGCUAUCCCAAAUCCCACGGGAACCUGGGGCGCGGGACCGUUGCCCCAGCCACCACCCCCACCCAACCAGAAAGGAUCUGGUAACAAAAAGUCUCGUUAGAGCCAACCCACACAAAUAUCAAUCAAUCGAGUCCCGAAUCCCAUUUGACACUUCCAAAAUUCACGUUUCUAGUGUAUUCUUGUUUUGUAUUUUGAUGUUUUUCCAUCUGCGAGGCCAGUAAAAGAGUGAAUAAAAGGGUGCAACCGACCCCUCAGCCCAUCCG